UUUAAAGGCGCCAACCAAAAAAAGCGGAGGGACAGAGAGACAAAACUGCCAUCUUUUUACGGCAAGCACUACUGUAUAUAUUUCAGUUUGGUAUUUAAUAUUUAAGAACAAGUACUUUUUGCGGUACAUUUUUAUCCGUGCAAUUAUGCCAGAAGAAACGCCCGUUCCUUCGACCACGGAAAGAAUGGAGGAAGGUCCGUCUGCUUCGUCUAGCGCUCCAGACAGCCCCGGCGGUGACGUCAUGGAGGAGGCCAAGAAGCUGAUUGGCACGGGGAACAGGCACUUGGUGAUGGGGGACGUGGUGUCCGCAGUGAAUGCCUUCCAGGAAGCCUGUGCCAUGCUAGGAAAGAAGUAUGGGGACACUGCUGACGAGUGUGCAGAAGCGUUCUUCCUCUGUGGGAAGUCUUUGAUAGAAUUGGCCAGGAUGGAGAAUACAGUCCUGGGUAAUGCCCUAGAGGGGGUCCCUGAAGAAGAGGUGGAAGAAGGGGAGAAAGCAGAUGACUCAAAAGUUGAGAGUGUGGACAAUGUUGAUGAGAAAACGAGGGACGAGCUUCGAGAGCAGGUCUACGAUGCUAUGGCAGAAAAGGAAGAUGCCAAAACGGAGAAUGAGGAGAGCAAGAACAAGCCAGCGGAUGGUGAGAAGACAGAAGGAGAAGCUGCCACUGUUUCCAAAGAGGGUCAGACUGAGAGUCCUGCCAAGGAAGCAGAAGAGGUUAAAACCAAGUCCCCUGAAAAGGGUGAGGAAGAGACCACGGCUACCCCAAAGAAACCUGGGGAGGAAGAGCCUGAGAAGAAGGCUGAAGAGAAGACAUCGGAAGCGCAGGAUGGGAAGGCGGUGGAAGAAAGCGCUGGAGGGAAAAAGGAAGAGCCCUCUGAAGUGGAAGAAGCCGAGGAGGAGAUGGAGGAGGGUGAAGGAGGUGAGGAGGAGGAAGAUGAUGAUGAUAACGAUGGAGAAGGCACAGCAGAGGAUAAGGACAGUGAAGAGGAGGAGGUUGGCAACCUGCAGCUGGCCUGGGAGAUGUUGGAGGUUGCCAAGGUCAUCUACAAAAGAAAGGAUAACAAAGAUGAUCAGUUGAUGGCAGCCCAGGCACAUCUGAAGCUGGGAGAAGUUAGUGUUGAAUCAGGGAACUAUGUCCAGGCACUGGAGGACUUUCAAGAGUGCUUGUCCAUCCAGCUGAAGCACCUGCUGCCCCACAGCCGCCUGCUUGCGGAGACGCACUACCAGCUGGGACUCGCCUAUGGUUAUACCAACCAGUACGACCUCUCCAUUCAGCACUUCACCAGCUCUGUCCAGGUCAUUGAGAGCCGCCUGGCCAUGCUUCAGGAGGCCAUUGAUAAGGCAGAAGGUGCGGGAAGCCCCACCGAUCAGCAGAAAGAGAUGGAAGAAUUGAAACAGCUUCUGCCUGACAUCAGGGAGAAGAUAGAGGAUGCCAAGGAAAGCCAGAAGACUGCUAGUGUGGCAUCAGAAGCUAUCCAGCAGACCCUGUCUGGAAGCUCCUCAUCUUCUGGAUUUGUGGGAGAAAAUGGAGGGCCCUCUGCAUCCAUAAUCCCAGUGAAACCAGCUGAUGGAGCCUCUUCUUCCAAGUCUGUCACAGACAUCUCCCAUCUGGUCAGGAAGAAGAGGAAACCCGAGGAGGAGAGCCCGUUAAAGAACAGUGACGCUAAAAAGCCCAAACAGGAGACCGCAGUUAAUGGCAGUGGAGACUGUGCCAGCAACGACAAUGGAGUCGAGGAGAAAAUGGAGCAGGAUGAGCCUGUGAAGCCAGCGGCCCCAGUGGAGACGUCGGCGUGAUGGAGCUUCCUGAAGAUGGCAGUUCUCUCUCCCCACCAGCACGUCCACUCCCUCCUCCCCACCUUACAGCUGUGUGUCUUGUAAAUAAAGUAUUUUCAGUCCUUUUUUAACUUUCAUUUUGUAAAACUGUAGGAAAUUUCAAUAAAGCGUAUUUGCAAAACUA